AUGAAAGUGGUUGUAAAGUGUUACUCCUCCUGUGAGAGCUGGACAGGCCCAGAGGGGCCCAGAGGAACAGGCCCAGAGGAACAGGCCCAGAGGGGACAGGAACAGGCCCAGAGGAACAGGUCCAGAGGUUCAGGGACAGGCCCAGAGGAACAGGCCCAGAGGUUCAGGAACAGGCCCAGAGGAACAGGCCCAGAGGAACAGGUCCAGAGGUUCAGGAACAGGCCCAGAGGAACAGGCCCAGAGGUUCAGGGACAGGUCCAGAAGGACAGGUCUAGAGGGGACAGGAACAGGCCCAGAGGAACAGGUCUAGAGGGGACAGGAACAGGCCCAGAGGAACAGGUCCAGAGGAACAGGCCCAGAGGAACAGGUUCAGGAACAGGUCCAGAGGUUCAGGGACAGGCCCAGAGGAACAGGCCCAGAGGUUCAGGGACAGGCCCAGAGGAACAGGCCCAGAGGUUCAGGGACAGGCCCAGAGGAACAGGUUCAGGAACAGGCCCAGAGGAACAGGCCCAGAGGUUCAGGGACAGGUCCAGAAGGACAGGUCUAGAGGGGAAUAGAACAGGCCCAGAGGAACAGGUCCAGAGGUUCAGGUUCAGAGUUACCUGCCCAGAGGCACAGGCCCAGAGGUUCAGGGACAUGCCCAGAGGAACAGGUCCAGAGGUUCAGGGACAGGUCCAACGGGACCGGUCCAGCGGUAUAGGGACAGAUCCAGAGGUACAAGAACAGGCCCAGAGGAACAGGCCCAGAGGUUCAGGUUCAGAGUUACCUGCCCAGAGGAACAGGUCCAGAGGUUCAGGGACAGAUCCAGAGGUACAAGAACAGGUCCAGAGGGGACAGGAACAGGCCCAGAGGAACAGGUCCAGAGGUUCAGGGACAGGCCCAGAGGAACAGGUCCAGAGGUUCAGGAACAGGUCCAGAGGUUCAGGGACAGGCCCAGAGGUUCAGGGACAGGCCCAGAGGAACAGGCCCAGAGGUUCAGGGACAGGCCCAGAGGAACAGGUCCAGAGGUUCAGGGACAGGCCCAGAGGUUCAGGGACAGGCCCAGAGGAACAGGCCCAGAGGUUCAGGGACAGGCCCAGAGGAACAGGUCCAGAGGUUCAGGGACAGGUCCAGAGGUUCAGGGACAGGUCCAGAAGUUCAGGAACAGGUCCAGAGGUUCAGGGACAGAGUUACCUGCCCAGAGGUUCAGGUCCAGAGUUACAGGGACAGGCCCAACGGGACCGGUCCAGCGGUACGGGGACAGAUCCAGAGGUACAAGGACAGGGAUAGGUUCAGAGGGACGGGUGAGUGAAAGGCACAGGUGCGCAUCUGUUCUAGCUGUUUCAAGCACGCUCACUGCGUAAGGUCACAUUGUCCCAUGACCUGUGAAAAUACUUUUGACUGGUAAAAAGCUGUGGAGCACCUUAAAUGACAUUUUGGGCAAAAAGGCAAACUCAGCU